GUUAGUUACACCAUUACCUUUGCCUUUGACCCAUAGGUAACGUCACAAUGGCUGACGAAAAACUAGAAAAUGUUCGCAAAGCAUUGACAGAUUUUCCCGACUUUCCAAAACCUGGCAUCGUGUUUAAAGACAUCUUCCCCAUCCUGCGCAACCCCAGCGUGUUCCGAGACCUGAAUGAGCUGAUCCUGCAGGCAGUGAGGGAGGUGUGUCCUGAUGUGCAGUGUGUAGUGGGCCUAGACUCACGAGGGUUUCUCUUUGGCCCAAUCUUGGCCCUAGAGCUCAACAUACCUUUUGUACCUGCGCGCAAGAAGGGAAAACUACCUGGGGAGUUGGAGCAAGUGACAUACAUGUUGGAGUAUGGCACAGACUGUCUAGAGAUCCAGAAGAGUUCAAUCAACAAAGGGCAGAAAGUUUUGAUCAUUGACGACCUCCUGGCCACUGGUGGUACUCUGAAAGCUGCGUGUGAGCUGGUGGAGAAGAUUGGUGGGGAAGUGGUCCACUGCUUGGUUGUGGUGGAGCUUGUGGCCCUACAGGGGCGACAGAAAGUCAGCAAGCCAAUCAAAUCUCUUAUAGCUUGCACUGACUAGG